AUCAUCAGGAAAUCCCUCGCCCUGUACGCGGUGCGUGUGCGGUCGUGUGGAAUUCGAAAGUUUCCUGAGGGUUAUAUUGGAUUAGGGUUACGAGCUAAAUUUCUUUUUGUGAACCGUGUGAGAUUUAUAAUUUGUUUUUAGACAUGAUUCACAUUUAAAUUUGUGCGUGCAACUUUAUAAACAGUUUUCGUACAUGAUAAAAAGGUCUUUCAAAAAACGUGGGAAGCCGUAGCUGUUGACGAGAACAAGGCAGAAACAGAUGCGCACUGAUUUAGAAAUAUGUUGGUAAUUAACGCCGGAAGCACACCAAUCAAAGCGAUCUGCCUACGGCAUAUGCCAUUUGGACAUCUGUGCACGAAACAAAGGUAGCACAGAUCGCAAUAAUAAAACUCGCGAAUUUACCUGUUGCUGUAGCGAAUCGAUAUGAAAAGAGCAUGAAUCGCCAUACAGUAAUAAAAUUGAACAAAAUAACCGGCAGUCUAUAAAUAAUGAAUCAGAAGACUACAAUACUUGUAGCGCCUCCAUUACAAAACAGCAGUUGUUCACACUCACGUUACAUCCACUUGAGCUUUUUAUCUGAACUUGGACCUGGAGAUGUUUUGGAAGCACUAAUUGUUUUUAUGUUAACGACCGGAGUCCUGGCUGCAAACUCUAUACUUAUUCUGGUCAUAAACAGUAGAAGAUAUUCAAAGUACAUACACUCUCAGCCGAAAUAUCUUCUAACUUCACUUGCAAGCAACGAUCUAGCGAUGGGUCUGCUUGUGACACCCUUCGCUAUAGUACCUUCAUUACGCCGCUGCUGGCCCUAUGGCGAACUAGUGUGCCAAAUACAGGCUCUGCUGCGGGGUGCCAUUAGUCAACAGUCCGCCGUUAUAUUGAUAUGCAUGGCCAUGGAUCGUUAUUUGUGUAUGUUGCAUCCUGCCAGAUAUCAUAAACAUUCCAGCAAAAAGCGCCUUGCUCUCAUGCUUGCCAUUAAAAAGACGCCUGCACCUGCAAUACAAAUUUGA